GGGAUCCGGUGUGGUCUAGUAGGUGGGCCCGUCAAAGCAGCACUCAGCGGCCGAAAAUGGCGCCCAGCUCGAAAUCUGAAAAAGAUGAAAACAAACAGAAAACACAGAAGAAACAUAAAGAGCACAUCGUCAAGCUGCUAAACCGUGGAAAGUUGUCAGGUCAGCUGUCGCAGCGGUUGUUCCGUAAGCUUCCUCCUCGAGUGUGUGUGCCGCUCAAAACCAUUGUCAGCGAGGAGUUCCUGAGAGCAGGGCACAUUUUCCUUGGUUUCACGAAGUGCGGCCGCUAUGUGCUCUCCUACACCAGCGACUGCGGCGAAGACGACGACUUCUCCUUCUACAUCUACCACCUGUACUGGUGGGAGUUCAACCUGCACAGCCGCCUCAAACAGGUGCACCACGUGCGCUUGUUUGCUGGCGAGGACAUCUACAGCGACCUCUACCUGACCGUGUGCGAGUGGCCAAACGACCACUCCAAAAUCGUCAUCUUCGGCUUCAACACCCGGAGUUCCAGUUCAGUGCUGAUGAACCUGAUGAUGAGUGAUGAGAAUAAUCGGGACAUCUACAUCACCAUCGCCUCCAUGCCCCCCUCCAGACCCUGCGCCCAGUGCUGCCCCCCGCCCUGCUCCUCCAUACGCACCGGGGGCAGCGAGUGCCUGGAGCACGGCUUCGUGCUGAACUCGCGCUACCAGGUGGUCUACCCCUUCCCCACCUUCCAGCCUGCCUUCCAGCUGAAGAAGGACCAGGUGAUCCUGCUCAACACCAGCUACUCCCUGGUGGCCUGUGCCGUGUCCCUGUGCCCAGACGGGGCGCAGGAUGAUUCGGGUCAGAUUCUGUACAGGAAGCGGGCCUCCCGGUCCGGACCCCCCGCCCCAGGACCCUCCACCCCCGCUCAGGGGUCCCCCAACCCCGCCCCCGACUCCGCCCAGGCCUGCCCCGCCCCGGCCUCUCCCAGCCAAUCGCAGGCGGCCGCCAGGGCCCGCGAGUUUGCGGCCGACCUCUUCCGACGGGCGCAGGGGCGCGGGGCGGGGCCCGAGAGGGGGGCGGCGGGCGAUCAGGGCGGGGCGGAGACGAAAGAGAGGGAUGUGGAGAGGACGGGGUGUCGGGGCGGGGGGGAGAGCCCCGGGCCGUCCCGCAGGUCCGCAGAGCCGCAGGCUCCCGAAAACGCCGCCAUGAUGUCACCGCCCUCCGCUUCCUCCUCCUGCCUGUCCCCCCGCUCGCCCCAGGAGCCCGUCCCCACGGAGACCGUUUCCACGGAGCCGGGAUACGUGAACUACACGCGGCUGAAGUACUGCCUGCCGCAGCCUGGAGCUCUGGAGCAGGACACCGAGUAUGAGGAUGACAAAGUUCAGCUGCCCUUCACUGUGACCGACCUGAAGGGCCGCAGCCUGCAACUGCUCUCCGCACAGAGCCACGGACAGUGUCUGUGUGUGGAGCAGCUGACUCUGGACUUUGAGUAUGUGAUUAACGAGGUCAUCCGAAACGACGCCUCCUGGGCGCCCCAGUUCUGCUCCUUCAGCGACUACGACGUGGUCAUCCUGGAGGUGUGUCCGGAGACGAACACGGUGGUGAUCAACAUCGGACUCCUGCUGCUGGCCUUCUCCAACGCUGAGGAGGAGCACUGCAGGCCCAACACGUACCACUCCAGUGUGCAGGUGAGCUGGGACCUCAGCACAGGUGUGUGCCGAACCGUGGGCAUCGGGGACCUCACGGAACUCAAGGGUCAGACCAGUGGCAGUGUGUGGAGUUCGUACAGGAAGUCGUGCGUGAACACGGUGAUGAAGUGGCUGGUUCCUGAGAGCAGCUACAUCAACCGCAUGACCAACGAGGCGCUGCACAAAGGGUCCUCCCUGCAGGUGCUGGCAGACAGUGACCGGGGCACCUGGAUUGUGCUGUAAGACUGAGAGUCCUCCACAGAGACCCACGCACGUUUGCACACACACGUACACACAGGUGUGUACAUAUAUACACGCAUACACACACAGUCAUGGACACACACAGACAAAAAGAGACACACACACACACACACAUACGUACACACACACACACAAACGUCUAUUUGUCCUUGUGAGUGAGCCCAGCCUUGGUUCUGGAGCACCGCUGGACUUCCUGUUGUUAACCAUCCCCGAAUACGGACCCUUAAUUAAGCUGGACGCUAAGCUGUUCCCAGACGGCCACACUGAGUCCCAGAGCUCCCGUUCUCUGCCCUGUUUAAUCUCAGAGCAUCACGUUCAUUCGCUUCUUCCUCAGUCGAGAGCUCAGUGGGUUUGUGACGCACACACACACACACACACACACACAC